ACAAAACCAAUGUCUCAGGGUCGGCAGGCCGCCUGUUUGAACUGUAGGAGAAGCAAGGUUCGAUGCAAUCGAAGUAAAGAUGGAACAUCACCUUGCGAUCGAUGCAGACAGGCUGAUGUGGAAUGUGUCGUUCCAAAUCACCACGUCGGCAGACGCAAAGGGAUUGGAAACAAACGCAAAGGGCUGGAAAAGGCACUGCAUCAGAUUGAACAGGUCAUCAAGCGGCCCCGAGCUGAAGGUGCCCAGAAUGUGAUUUCGAGCCUUCGAGGGCUGCUCGACAAUAUCCAAAGAGGAAAUCCAGCCUGCGAAACGGAUGAUCUAUCAGAAGAACCGGAGCGAUCGUCCGGCUCACCAGCACCGGAAUACGAUAACCCGGGAGAUGGGUUGUCAUUAGAUGAUGCAGAAAAUCCCUUGCAACUACUCGCACGUGCCUCCGACUUGCAGCUAUCACCGGACGACACGCACAAUGUACAGAGAGCAACAUCCUCGGCAUCAUUUCAGCCCUCGGGCAUAUACAAUACCAAUGAGAAUGGCGACGCCGCGGCUUGCGCAACCUCUUUCUUUGUCCUCACUCGCGCAAAUUUGGAUAUUGGUCCAACUGUGGACCCCAUUGAGCUGGGGCUCGUUACAAUCGAUGAAGCAGAGUCACUCUUCUCGUACUUCUAUCGCAACCUCGCCCAAAGUCGCUGGGGCCUCGAUUCCAUCGUGCAUAAUGUGUCAUUUGUCCGUUCGCAGUCUGCGUUCCUGUUUACCUCAAUAAUAGCUGCAGCGGCCUUGUUCUUGCCCACAGCCGCAGCAUUAUCGAAGAGAUUGUCUAGACAUCGUGCAUCCCUAGCCCAUAACGUCAUCACCCAGCGUCAUAAAUCAGUUGAAAUAGUGCUGGCUUUCAUGGUAAAUGUUCCAUGGAUGGAUGCUGGGAACUGUCUAGGUGACGACGAUACCUGCAUUUACAUGGCUGCUGCUUUGACUGCUGCAUUGGAUUUAUCGCUGGAUAAAGUUGUACUUCCUUCAACAAGCUUUGAUGCCAGUCUUUUCAGAAGACUUGCCAAGGCGGAAUGCAUUGAUGCGAAGAGAGCACUACAGAUGGAUGGCUUCGGUGAUGUGGAUCCAGACUCUGUGUGGGGUCGAAGGCUUCUACGUCGACGCGAGAGGGCAUGGGUCGCACUUUUCGUACUCGAACGAGGUGUAUGUUUGGCCCGAGGGAGAAGCUAUACAGUGCCUAUAACGGCACUUAUCGAGAACUGUGACAAGUGGCACUUUUCUGAUAUCGCUGAUUCUCACGAUGGUCCAAUGAAUUCUAUCGCUGUCCUUCGCAGGGACUUGGAUGGGCUAUUCAAACAAGUUAAAUCCCAUUGCAAUAGAUAUCGGGUCAUGGACACUGGCUCUGGAGCCGCUCAACUGAUCAAAAAACUUAUUGAGGAUUUUUACCAUCAAUGGCAUGAGACCUGGGCUCCUGCUAUUGUGGAAGAUCAAUCAUUUCCACCUUACGUUGAGAUUCUACUUAUACACACGAGGCUGUCAACAUUAUCACACGUUAUCAAUCACCCCACCGCGCCACUCGAAGUGAAACGCUUCUUCCGCGCAGCCGGGCUAUCGUCUGCGUUGAACGUCCUAAGGGCAGCUAUCCAGGGUGAGUCACGGUUGAAGUCCAUGCCAAACAACACUGUUAUCAUGAUUUCUUUUGCAGCAUGCUCGGCAUUAAGCUUGAGUGCUAUGCCUGCAGAUAGCAGAUCCAGCCUGGCCCCUAGCGUGCGUAAAUUGAUCGAAGAAGCCGCGGCGGUGCUGGAACGAAUCGGCGCUACUCCAAGCCAUAGGAACGGGGCUUCCCUAGUAUAUGGCAGAUUCUUACGGGAGCUUGUUCGACGUUUUCCUUUGAGCUUACAACAUGAGGACUCAAUUGAAACGCGACCACUAACCCACUCCGGAAGGCUGCAGCCACCGAUGACGAUGGAUCCAUAUGAGUCAGUCAUCAGAACGCAGGAAUCAUCCUGUUUCAUCCCUGUAUCCUGGUCCGAACCUAUUCGAUUCUCCGCCAUGUCGGACAACCAAAUCAUUGACACCGUCAACCAGGUGGACACGGCAUUCGGGACGAGUGUUCCGGGUGUUCCUACGGAUGACUUGAUGCAUUGGGAAUGGCUUGAUCUUGGAAGCAGCAUUGCGGCCGAAUUUAGCAGCAUAUGA